AUGGCUUUGGAAUUCGCGGCUUCACCAGUGAUCGCAGCAAUCCCGCCUGCCGCAGGACUCCGCUCAACUCAAUUCCCAUCAAACGAGCACUCUCAUUGGAUGGGCUCCUCGUUCUUCGGCACCCGCGCGCCAUAUCGCGGGCCUACUCUGCUGCCAGCCUCGCACGCUCGCGGCUCGCUCUUCCGUCCCUCGCCGGCGCUGCCGCUUGCCACGCCUCCCUGCGCGCGCGCGCGCAAUCCGCAAUCGGUCACCUCCGCCUCCGCCGCCGCUUCCGCGUCCGUUUCUGCGGCGUCGUCUGCUGCUGCUGCUGCGUCUUCUUCCAACGGCGCAUCGACUCUCGUCAAGGGCGCCGCGGUUAGGUCUUCUCGCCUCGAUCCUCUCCUCGUGCCAUCUGAACCCGUUACAAGCAGCUCCGCUUUCGCGGACGGCGAACCGCCUUCCGCCCCCGCCGAGAAUGCAAUCAGCGGCGCGUCCUCCGCGGAUGCCCCGCGCUCGCUGCGCUCGUCGUCGCCCACCCGCGAGCCCGCGCGCCCGGGCCUCAUCGAGUGCUGCUUCGGCCCGGGAACCGCGCCGUCGGUCGCGGAAGCUGCCAGCAGCCUCCUUGUCCCCCUGGCGGAGCACGCCCUGUCCAAUUGGGCGCUCCCGAGCGGCACGAGCGGCGGGCGCAGCGGGUCGGAAGCGCGCGUGCGGAGGGCGAAGCGCGCGGCGCAGAAUCUGGAGGAGGAGAAGAUGCGCGAGGAGCGGCGGAGGGAGUUAAGCGCGCUGGUGGAGCAGCUGGAAGCGAUUCGGGAGCACGCGAUGGAGCUGGAGAUGUGCAACCAGCACCACCUCGACCUCUCCGCGCCGCGGUACCGCGAGUCGGCGCGCAACCUGCUGCACUACAUGGCGCUGCGCAACAUGGACGUGCGGCACCUGCAGCAGGCGCUCGCGAACCUGGGGCUCUCCUCGCUGGGGCGCACCGAGGCGCACACUCUCGCGUCCAUCCACGCCGUCACGCGCGUCGUGCGCUCCAUGCUGCGCGAGCUCUCGCCCAAUGACACGUCGUCGUCCGCUUCCGCCUCCUCCGCCUCCUCCGCCUCCGCCUCCGCGUCCGCGUCGACGUCUAUCAAGUCUAGAGCCAAUUCCAGGAACCUGGCGUCUCAAGUGGAGGCCCUAGCAACGGACGUGCUCCCGCCAGUCUUAGACUUCGCGGACGGCGACAGGCAGCUGCAGCGCAACACCGUCGACCUGCUCGGCGCGCAUCCGCCCCACCGCAAGACGUUCAUCAUGGUCACGCUGCCCGCGGAGGCCGCCGCGGACAGGGCGCUGGUGGCGGAGCUGCUGCGCGCGGGCAUGAACGUGGCGCGCGUCAACUGCGCGCAUGACGACCCCGUGGUGUGGGGGCGGAUCGUGGCGAAUGUCAGGAAGCUCUCCGCGCAGCUCGGCCGCCCCUGCAGGGUGCUCAUGGACCUAGCAGGGCCGAAGCUCAGAACAGGCCCCAUGCCCGCUGGACCACGGGUGCUGCGCCUCAAGCCCAACAAGGACGCCAGGGGAAAAGCAGUAUCCCCCCUGCGCGCCCUGCUCUUCCCAGCCGCGCCCUCCGCUUCCUCCUCCUCCCCAUCUGCCACCACAAUCCCUCAACCAUCAGCAGCAGCAAUGGCAGCGCCAGCAGCGGCAUCAGCAGCGGCUGCAGCGGCGUCGCUCCCCGCUAUCCCCUUGCAAGCCUCCGCGAAGUGGUUCCAGGAGGUACAGACUGGUGACGUGCUCACGAUGCGGGACGCAUGCGGCAAGAGGAGAUCACUGCUCGUGACCGACGUGCUCCCAGCGGCCAAGGGGCCACAGCUCAUCGUGGAAUGCCGCAAAUCCGUCACCUUUGAAACCGGGCUGCCCGUGAGCGUUGAGCGGGCUGAGUCGAAGAACGCCGUGAAGGGGAAGAAGGCAAGGAAGGCAGAGAAGGGCGCAGCAGGAGCAGCAGCAGGAGGAGGAGCAGCAGAGGCGUGUAUAGGGGAGCUGGCAGCGACUGAGGUGGCGAUAGAGCUGGCGGUGGGGGAUGAGUUGUUGAUCGUGCGCGGGGAGGGCGAAGGCAGCAAGGCGCAGUAUGACGCGGUCACAGGCGCGCUUGUGCGCCCGGCUGCUGUCAGCUGCUCGCUGGAGCAGGUCUUCACGAAUCUCAAGGAGGGAGAGCCGGUGAAGCUGGACGACGGGAAGAUAGAGGGCGUGGUGGAGGCGGUGGGGAGCGAGGAGGUGCGCGUGCGCAUCUGCAAGACGCCGCCUGGAGGCGCCAAGCUCAAGAGCGAGAAGGCGAUGAACCUUCCCGACAGCGAUCUGCAGCUGCAGGGGUUAACCGCCAAGGACAUAGCCGAUCUGGACUUCAUUGUUGCGCAUGCCGACAUGGUCGCAUUCUCCUUUGUCAACGACGCCUCCGAUGUCACCAUGCUGCAGGAGGAGCUGGCGAAGCGGGGAGCGGACGACCUGGGCGUGGUGCUCAAGAUAGAGACCAAACGCGCCUUCCAGAACCUGCCAUGGCUCAUGCUGCAGGGCAUGAGGGGGUCGGGUCCCUUGGGUGUGAUGAUCGCGCGAGGGGACAUGGCGGUGGAGUGCGGUUGGGAGCGGCUGGCAGAGGUGCAGGAGGAGGUGCUGUGGCUCUGUGAGGCGGCUCACGUGCCCACCAUAUGGGCUACCCAGGUUCUAGAAGGCCUCGCAAAAACGGGACUCCCGUCGCGAGCGGAGAUCACAGACGCAGCGAUGGGGGAGCGCGCGGAGUGCGUGAUGCUGAACAAGGGUCUGCACAUCGCAGCAGCCGUGACGACUCUGGAUGACAUCCUGCAGCGCAUGCGAUCGCACCAGAUGAAGAAGCAGAGCAUGAUGCGCCCUCUGCAGCUCUCAAUGCCCUUUGUUACCAUCAGUUAUUCGUCCGCUAGCAGUGACUCGUCCAGUGAUUCUUCCAGCGAUGAGGAGGCGUGA